AUGGCUUUCUGGAAGUUCCUUGCAGCUUCGCUGUUGGCAGCUUCGUCUCAGGCUGCGGCCUCGACAGCUUGUCGCUGCUUCCCUGGUGACGCGUGCUGGCCGUCUCAGGCAGUCUGGUCUCAAUUCAAUCAGUCUAUCGAUGGCCGAUUGAUCAAGAACAUCCCGCUGGGAGCUCCCUGCCAUACGCCCAACUACAACGCCGAUACUUGUGCGACUCUGAAGGCAGGAUGGUUGCUUCCAGAGGAACAUUAUGAUUCCUCGUCAUCAGUGAUGGCACCAUUCUUUGCCAAUGGCACCUGUGACCCAUACCAUGCCAUUUCUAAGCCCUGUACCUUGGGCAAUUACGUUCGCUACAGUGUCAACGUGACCUGUCCAGAACAGAUUGCAACCGCAAUUAAGUUUGCGACUAAGUACAACAUACGUCUGGUAGUUAGAAACACGGGCCAUGAUUACAAUGGCCGAUCCACUGGAGCUGGUGCUUUGGCCAUUUGGACCCAUCAUCUCAAGGACCUUGAAAUCAGCGACUACAAGGACUCGCACUAUCAGGGCAAGGCCAUCACUAUGGGCGCUGGUAUUCAGGGUUUCGAAGCAUAUGAGCUGGCUGAUGCCAGCGGCCUCCAGGUCGUUGGCGGCGAAUGCCCGACCGUCGGUCUUGCCGGCGGUUACUCCCAGGGUGGUGGACAUUCUGCGCUCGCUUCACGCUACGGCCUGGGCGCUGACCAAGUGUUGAAGUGGGAAGUCGUCGAUGGUAAAGGAAACAUCAUUACUGCCACUCGUGACAAUGAGUACUCAGACCUUUUCUGGGCCCUUAGCGGUGGCGGUGGUGGCACCUACGGUGUCGUCUACUCUAUGACCUCGAAAGCUCACCCUGCAACCCCUGUGUCUGGCCUCAACUUGACUUACUACCCUACCAACAUCAGUCAGGAUACCUUCUACGAGACGAUUGAGGUCUUCCACACCAAUCUGCCGUCCAUCGUUGAUGCUGGUGCCAUGGCCAUUUGGUACUACACCAACGCCUUCUUCUCCAUCUCCCCUAUCACGGCCCCUAACAUUCCAGUUGCUGAUCUGGUUGCUCUGCUCAAGCCUUUCACCAACCAUCUUGACAGCCUGGGCAUUAGCUAUACUAUGUCAGCCAGCCAAUACAAUACCUACUAUGACCAAUUCCAAGCCAUGCAAGGUACUAUCGAAGUCGGCACUGCGCAGUAUGGAGGCUGGCUCGUGCCGAGAUCUGUCGUGGAAAACAACAACACGGCUUUGGUCCAGGCAUACCGUGACAUCACCGAAGCCGGUGCUACUUUCAUCGGUGUCGGCUUGAACGUUUCCAAGAAGGUUUCUGGAGACGUGUACAAUGCCGUUCUCCCUGCCUGGCGCGAGGCUCUCAUCGAUACUACCCUGACCACUCCCUGGGAAUGGGAUGACCCAGCUCUGAUGCUGGAGCGACAACGCCAGAUGACUGAGGAUUUCCUUCCUAAGUUGGAGGCACUGUCUCCCAACUCUGGUGCUUACAUGAACGAGGGUGACUUCCGCCAGCCGGACUUCAAGACUGCCUUCUACGGCACCAACUAUGAUGCCCUGCGUAAGAUUAAGGCGAAGUACGAUCCGAACAGUGUUCUGUACGGCAAGACGAAUGUCGGAUCUGACGAGUGGCGUGAGCGUGAGGAUGGACGACUUUGCCAGGUGUCCCAAUGGCAGUCCAACUGGGUGGAGUUUGGCACCGUGUACUAA